CAGAGAAACGAACCACACCAUCACUCUGGAACAGCUGUACGAGCUGCUGUCAUGAAAAGGAGCUUGUUCAAGGGCUUCCAAAUUCUGUGGCCCCCUUGCCCACCCCUUCGUCAUCCCAAGAGACAGCUGGCCUCUCUUGUCACCACCUCUCACUACGAAGCUAUAAACAAGGGCGAACAGGAAGUCCCCGACUACUUCAAUUUUGCAAGCGAUGUUCUGGAUGAGUGGACUCUCGUGGAAAAGGAUGGAAAAAGGCCUCCAAACCCAGCCUUCUGGUGGGUGAAUGACCAUCAGGAAGAGGUGAAGUGGAGCUUUGAAGAACUUGGCUUCUUGUCUCAAAAAGCUGCCAAUGUCCUCUCAGGUCACUGUGGAUUGAAAAGAGGAGACCGAAUCCUGACAGUUCUACCUCGGAUUCCAGAGUGGUGGUUAUUAAAAGUGGCCUGUAUGCGGGCAGGCAUUGUUUUCAUUCCGGGGACAUCCCAGUUAACAGCUAAGGACAUUGCCUACAGGCUCCAGGCUUCCAAAGCCAAAUGUAUUGUGGUCAGCGAGACUUUGGCUCCCGGAGUGGACUCCAUUGCAUCGGAAUGCAAAUCCUUGAGAACCAAGCUCCUUGUGUCUGACAGAGGCCGAGACGGCUGGCUGAACUUCAAGGACCUCUUGCAAGAAGCACCUGCUGACCACAAGUGUGUUAAGACAAAGAGCCAAGAGCCGAUGCUCAUCUACUUUACAAGUGGAAGCACAGGAUCACCCAAAAUGGUGGAACAUACCCACUGCAGUUAUGGCAUUGGAUUUACAGCCAGUGGCAGGCGCUGGAUGGACCUUAGCCCUUCGGAUAUAUUCUGGAAUACAUCAGACACAGGAUGGGUCAAAUCAGCCUGGAGUAGUGUGUUUGCACCAUGGAUCCUUGGAUCGUGUGUCUUUGUCCAUCACCUGCCACGCUUUGAACCCAAAGUCAUACUGGAUACCCUUGCAAGAUACCCCAUCACCACUUUCUGUACCGCUCCCACUGCUUACCGGAUGUUGGUUCAGCACGAUGCCACCAGUUACAAAUUCAUGAGCCUGAAGCAUUGUGUGACCGGAGGGGAGCCCCUCAACCCUGAAGUGUUUGAGCGCUGGAAGAGACAAACCGGACUGGACAUCUAUGAAGGAUACGGACAAACGGAAACAGUAACAAUAUGUUCUAACGUAAAAGGAAUGAAAAUUAAACCUGGCUCCCUGGGAAAGGCAUCUCCACCUUAUGAUGUCCAGAUCCUAGAUGCCCAGGGCAAAAUUCAGCCUCCAGGGGAAGAAGGGGAUAUUGCAAUCAGAAUCGAACCCAAGCGGCCAUUUUGUCUGUUCUCAUCCUACCUAGACAACCCAGAGAAAACAGCAGCCAGUGAACGUGGAGGGUUUUAUAUCACCGGAGACCGAGCAACUAAAGACGAAGAUGGCUAUAUUUGGUUUGUUGGAAGAUUGGAUGAUGUCAUUAAUUCCGCUGGAUAUCGUAUCGGACCCUUUGAAGUGGAAAGUGCUUUAAUAGAACACCCGGCCGUGGUUGAAUCUGCUGUUGUCAGCAGCCCAGAUCCUGUCAGAGGCGAGGUAGUGAAAGCUUUUGUCAUUUUGUCUCCUGCCUUUUCAUCGCAUGAUCCUGAAAAAUUAAUCAAGGAACUCCAAGAUCAUGUGAAAAGGGUCACUGCUCCUUACAAGUAUCCUAGAAAGGCAAGUAUUUUUCCUCUCCUGAGCAGGAAAAUUGCAUUGGAUCAGUAUGGAGGAUCACACUGAAAAAUCAAAGUUAUUUUCCUCAUUUACCUAUUGAAUUAUUUAGGAUGUAUGUUUGGCUAUUGUGGAAAAUAUGGUGCUGUACCAGGGAGAGCUGACACAUCAGGGCUCUUCCCACAUUAUUUGAUGGGAUUGUAGAGUGGUUCAACUCACACUUUCGAAAAAGUUACAUUUUUUGUUUGGUUGUAAGACGCUGUUGACCUGAAUAAAUUGAUGA